AAAAGUUAGUUAAGGUUGCAGAAGAGAACGGUCCCAGUAUUGGAAAGCUUGGAGGCUUUUUAAAGAAUCCGUUUAUGACUUUUAAAGGAAGUUGUAUUUUAUAGCUUUUGAACAGAAGAAUAUGACAAGACUCGCAUGUAUUUUCAGUAGUACGUGUCAGUGUUGAGUGAGCGGAUUCUUAAGAAAAAUGAAAAAUAAAAACGUUAAGAGUCUGCAAAACCUCGUCGUGGGUCUGCUAUUCAUAACCCUAUGCACCGGGGUUCUGGAUUCGGAAGCAGCGGCUUGCCAUGGCUGUGUAUCGGGAUCGAACUGUGACUGCAGUGGAGUGAAAGGAGCGAAGGGGGAGAGAGGCUUUCCAGGACUACAGGGCCAGCCAGGGGUGCCAGGGUUUCCUGGGCCGGAGGGCCCUCUUGGACCGAGGGGAGAGAAGGGCAAUGAUGGGCCUCCAGGACCGGCUGGACCAAAAGGAAUCAGAGGUCCACCAGGGCUUCCUGGCUUUCCUGGAACCCCAGGGAUUCCAGGUCUUCCAGGACAGGACGGACCUCCAGGACCGAGGGGAACUCCAGGGUGUAACGGGACAAAGGGGGACCGUGGAUUUCCAGGAAGCUCUGGCCUUCCGGGGAUACAAGGGUUUCCAGGUCCUCCCGGUCUACCAGGUCCCAAGGGGGACCCUGGUGAAGUCAUCUCAUCAAACCAAUUUGGACAGAAAGGAGAUCCUGGUUUACCGGGCCUCCCCGGUGUACCCGGAAACCCAGGACCUCAGGGAUUGCCUGGUCCGAUUGGUCCAACGGGCCCCCGUGGUUAUGAGGGCCGUCCUGGGCCUCCUGGUCCCCCUGGACCCAAGGGUAACAUGGGUUUGAACUUCCAAGGACCUAAAGGAGAGAAGGGUGAAACGGGUCUUGCAGGGCCUCCGGGGCCCCCUGGACAGAUCGGAGAACAGAAGAGGCCGACGGCCUCUGAGGUGCAGAGAGGAGAUAAGGGGGAUCGGGGACUUCCUGGAGAGCCUGGUGAACCUGGCCUCCCAGGGCCUCCUGGUCCUGCCAGCGGUCCAGCAGGCUCAAAAGGAGAGCCAGGUGAACCUGGAAAAAGGGGGAAGCCAGGUAAAGAUGGAGACCCAGGUCCAGGAGGAUUCCCGGGUCAGAAAGGAGAGCCAGGCCAACCAGGUCUAGCAGGCCGAGAUGGCGAGAGGGGUGAAAAAGGAGAUCGUGGCUACCCUGGGCCUCCGGGCGCUGUGCUGAGUGGACCGAACUUCGACAGAGUGGGGCCCAAAGGUGACAAGGGUUUCCAAGGGUUGCCCGGGCAGAAAGGGGACCGUGGCUUGCAAGGUUUCACUGGACCUCCCGGACCGCCAGGGUUACCAGGGGAGGGGUCUGCUGGUAUACCUGGAUCACCUGGUUUUCCUGGAGAAAGGGGCCAUAAAGGAGAUGAGGGGUCGCCAGGUAUCUCCUUACCUGGACCCCCAGGUAGGCCUGGACAACCAGGUCAGUCUGGACCUCCCGGGCCCCCAGGACCCCCAGGACAAAUAAUUGAUGGUGGAGACUGCCUCCCAGGAGCCCCAGGGUUGCCUGGGCUACAGGGAGAACGUGGCUUCCCUGGAGAAUCAGGGCAGAAAGGUGAAAAGGGUGAGACCUGUGUUAACUGUUUCGUCAAUGGGAUUACCAUCCCUGGACCUCCUGGCCCCUCUGGUCCCCAAGGAUUGCCAGGAACCCCUGGAUUCCCUGGGCCCAAAGGUGACAGAGGAUUUCCAGGAAGCGUUGGUCCGAGCGGGGGUCCUGGUUUUCCUGGGCCUCAGGGUACACCUGGAAACCCAGGACUGAAGGGCGAACCCGGAGAUGUUAUUUCUGUUGGUGGACUUAAGGGCGAUAAGGGUGACUCAGGGUUCCCAGGUGCGCCUGGCUUACCAGGCCUGGAUGGAAAACCUGGAAGGGAUGGAUUGCAAGGUCCACCAGGACCCAAAGGUUUUUCUGGGUCUCAGUUGGUUAAAGGUGAACGUGGACCCCCAGGACAGCCUGGAGUUCCAGGCCUCCCUGGAGACAGGGGUCCAACUGGCUCCCCAGGAUUUGGUCCUCAGGGUCCUCCUGGUGAGAAAGGUCUUCAGGGCGUUUCAGGCAGAUCAGGGCUUUCGGGUGCACCAGGCCAGAAAGGUGAACCGGGUCAAACUCUGUCGGAGAAAGGGGCUCCAGGUGCUAGAGGAGCCCCUGGAGAUCCUGGUCUGCCAGGCGGUCCGGGUUCUCCUGGUCAGCCAGGACAGCCUGGUUUCCCAGGGUUACCAGGGACAAAGGGUGAACCUGGACUCCCUGGAAUUGGCUUACCAGGGCCUCCUGGAGUCAAAGGAUACCCUGGGACUCUUGGCCCGGCUGGAAUUCCUGGAGCUCCAGGUCGCCCAGGUUUGGAUGGGCUGCCCGGUCAGCCAGGCGUCCCAGGGCCCAAGGGUGAGCCUGGCUAUGGUUUACCAGGACCCCAGGGGCCUCCAGGAUUUGCAGGUGCGAAAGGACUCCCUGGGCUAAAGGGUGAUCCCGGAUUCCCUGGGACCCCUGGCCAGCCUGGGAGAUCAGGCUUUGAUGGAGGACCUGGCCCAAAAGGUGAUCCUGGUCGUUCUGGCACACCUGGAGCUCGUGGCCCUCCAGGUACCCCUGCAUAUGGCCUUCCAGGGCCCGCUGGCCCUCCUGGCAGUCCAGGACCUAUGGGUCCUCCUAUCAUCCCAGGAUUCCCUGGUAGGAAUGGGGAGAAGGGUGACCCUGGACCCCCAGGACUGGACAUCCCUGGUUUACCUGGAGACAGGGGGAACCCUGGCUUCCCUGGAUCACCAGGUGCUGUGGGCCCUCCUGGUCCCCUUGGCACACCAGGCAGAGAUGGACAACCUGGGCUGCCCGGUCCAAAGGGAGAUAUGGGGGUCAUGGGAACCCCUGGACCUGUUGGAAACUUGGGUGCCCCUGGUCCACCUGGAUUCCCUGGACCAAAAGGCAACGACGGCUUUCCUGGACAGCCAGGGGGUACAGGUGGUCCAGGGCCAAGAGGAGACACGGGUGAACCCGGGCUACCAGGCCCACCAGGCCCAAGCAUUUCCCUUCCCUUGGAGCAGAAGGGAUCGAAGGGAGAUCCAGGUCCCCCAGGCUUGGAAGGUCUGCCAGGACAGAAAGGCUUUGCUGGGAUGCCUGGAGACCCUGGGUCCCCCGGGCAGGAUGGGCGACCUGGUGUGCCAGGACCUCCAGGUCCGAAAGGUGACCCUGGGGUACCAGGUCAGCCAGGAGCCCCAGGAAUACCAGGGCAGAAGGGAAACAUGGGAGAGAUGGGAUUCCCAGGACCCAGCGGAGUGAAAGGAAGUCCAGGGCAGCCAGGCCGACCUGGAUCACCUGGUUCGCCAGGUGUCCCUGGGUUUACAGGUUCUAAGGGUGACCCUGGUUUACCAGGAUAUGGAGUGCCAGGAAGCCCUGGCUCUAAGGGUGAUCCGGGUCUUCCGGGAUCCCCUGGAAGCUUUGGAAACAAAGGCCAGCCAGGUGCCCCAGGCCUGCCAGGUCUACCAGGUAGCCAAGGACCAAAGGGUGAUUCCGGACUCCCAGGAUUUCAAGGUCCGCCGGGUAGUCCUGGCCCCAAGGGUCUGGACGGAGCCCCAGGACCCCCAGGGCUCAUUGGGCCCUCUGGCCGACCCGGAGAACCAGGCCGUGGUGGGUCCCCUGGACUGCCCGGAGACAAAGGACAAGCAGGCCGGGACGGCAUCCCUGGACCAGCUGGAUUGAAGGGAGACCAAGGACUGCCUGGCUAUGGCCUCCCCGGAAACCCAGGUCUUCCAGGAUUACCAGGUCCAAAGGGAGACGUGGGCCCUUUUGGUCAGGCUGGUAGCCCAGGCUUCCCUGGACAGAAGGGUGAUCCGGGAUUUCCUGGCUUGCCUGGAACCCCUGGUAAUAUUGGGCCUCCAGGUCCCCCUGGACUACCUCAGCAAGGGCCCAAAGGUAACAUAGGGCUCCCAGGCCCUCCAGGAAGAGGCGGUCCUCCAGGUCCUGAGGGACCCCGUGGCCCCCCUGGCAGUGGAGGCACGAAGGGGGAGAAGGGGCUGCCUGGCCCGUUUGGCCAGUCUGGUCUGCCCGGACUGAAAGGCGACCGCGGAUUCCCUGGUUCUUUAGGCCCUCCUGGCAAUCCUGGGCGAGAUGGAUUGAAAGGAGACAUUGGACUGCCUGGAGUACCAGGCUUCCCAGGACCAAAGGGGACGAGUGGCUCCCCUGGCCCACUUGGCGCUCGUGGCGAUCCAGGAGAUUUAGGUCCUCCAGGGCCCCCUGGUGACCCCGGUGUGUCUCCAGGCCCCAUUGUACUGAAAGGGGACCAAGGGCCACCAGGGCCCCCGGGCCUGCCAGGUGGGCGUGGCCUCCCUGGUCCCCCAGGAUUGGAGGGGCUCCCAGGUCAGCCGGGAAGCCCGGGAGAUCCAGGCCCUGAGGGUCCACCAGGAUUCUCUGGGCCCAUAGGACGAAAAGGAGACACUGGGCCUUCUGGACAGCCAGGUCAACGUGGGUUUCCAGGCCCACCGGGAUCAGACGGGCCCCAGGGGCUUCCUGGCAUACCCGGGUCUGUUUCAGCAGCCCAUGGCUUCCUCAUCACACGCCACAGUCAGGCCGUAGAUGUGCCUUUCUGUCCUGACGGCACCAACCUGAUCUACGAUGGCUACUCCCUGUUGUACGUGCAGGGCAACGAGAGGGCUCAUGGUCAGGACUUGGGUACGGCGGGCAGCUGUCUGCGCCGAUUCAGCACCAUGCCCUUCAUGUUCUGCAACAUCAACAACGUCUGCAACUUCGCCUCACGCAACGACUACUCGUACUGGCUAUCCACGCAUGAGCCCAUGCCCAUGAGCAUGGCGCCCAUCACCGGCGAGAAUAUCAAGCCUUUCAUCAGCAGAUGUGCGGUCUGUGAAGCCCCUGCCAUGGUGAUUGCUGUGCACAGCCAGACUAUCCAGCUUCCCUCCUGCCCACAGAACUGGGACCCGCUGUGGAUUGGCUAUUCCUUCAUGAUGCACACUAGUGCUGGGGCAGAGGGCUCGGGACAGGCCUUGGCCUCCCCUGGAUCCUGCCUUGAGUCGUUCCGCUCUGCCCCCUUCAUCGAGUGCCACGGGCGGGGCACAUGCAAUUACUACGGCAACUCCUACAGCUUCUGGCUGGCCACGGUGGACGUCUCUGAAAUGUUCAGGAAGCCCCAGGCAGAAACACUGAAAGCAGGGAACUUGCGAACACGCGUGAGCCGCUGCGUGGUGUGUAUGAAGAAAACGUAACGGAGCACGUAACCUGUCGCCAGGUACGAAAAAGUCAAGAUCGAUGGCGAUGAAAAUGUCAACAGCAGGUGGAAUUCCAAUUUUUCCUCGUAAAAAACAAACAAAAAAAAAAAACAAACAAAACAAAAAAACUCAAUGGUGCUACUGUGCAACACAGCAAAACUGAAAAAGAAAAAACCAACGAUUCAUUCUUUUUAAAGAAGUACCUCAAAGAGAAUCGAUAAACCACAAAGGGUGGCAUGGCAGAUGUGUGACAAAGGUGCAUUUUUAUUUUUCUCUUUCUGAGAAGUUUUUUCCUCUAGAAUAUUCCUUUCUUCUCACGUUUUGUUGUUGGUACACAUUUUGAGAGAGAAGUGUGCUUUUUUUAAAGAGUGGAAUUGUCUCCAUGUUACCAAAUCGGCACUUUGACUUCAGAACAUCACAGAGAGGAGUUGCACUGAAGAGCUUCCUUAGUGAGACUGCAUUUUUUUAUCGUUUCAAUUAGACUUUCCGUCACUUGAUUUCUCAUGGUGGUACUAACUCUGCUGUAUCCAAGACUCUUAACUAUAGGCCUUUUUUCUCUUUUGUAAGUAAUAAAAUGUGUAUAUUGUGUAAAACACCUUUUUAGUGUAAAACAUAAAACGGUACUCUACUAUGAAUUGCUGGGUGCUGUUCACUCACUCACCCACUCACAGACCCACUUACACACCCACUCACUCAUAUUGUACAAAGUAAGCUUUUUAUGAAUGAAACAGUAUUUUAUAUAUAUAUAAAGAAUAUAUAUAUAUAUAUAUUAAAAAUGAAACAUUUUUAUAAACUUUAUUUGGCUGUGGGAGGUUUUUCUUAAUUUUUUUUCACGUAAUAUAACAUUUUACAAACUACUGAAUUUUAUGUUGAAUUAAGCAGGUUCUAUUGUCAAAGACUUGUGAUAUUGUACAAUAAAUUCGAUUUGAUCUGGAUUUUAGAAUAUUUUAUUACAUUUUGCCAGUGGGAUUUUUUAAAGGCUAAUGGCCUCUCUUAAAUGGAAACAUAGGCAAUCAUAAAAUAAACCCAUGAAUGUUAUAUGUACGUUUUGCCUCCACUGAUCUUGCUAACCAUAUAUCUGUUCACAGUAUAUAUAUACACAGUUCGUAUGCUGAGCAAGACCACAAAAAGCAAAUAAAUUCCUAUGAAAAUACAUGACCUAUUGUGAAAUCCAGCUGCCAAAGGGUCAUCUAUGUGUAUUAAUUUUAAAAUCUGUUUUUAAAAUUGUUUUUGUCAUGUUUAUUAUCCAGAAGUUGUCACCAACUUUAAAGACUGAAAUAAAGAAAUAUAAAGUU